UACAGGAAAAGCUAGCAAAGAAUCUGAUGUCUACAGCUUUGGAGUGGUUAUAUUGGAAAUAGCAUGCGGUAGAAAGCCAGUUGAAGCAAGAAAAAAGAAAAAGGAAGUGAGUUUGGUAGAAUGGGUAUGGGAGCUUUAUGGCAAAGAAUGUGUUUGGCUGCAGCAGAUAGAAGGUUGAACUUAAAUUUUGAUAAGCAACAACUGCAACGCUUGAUGACCGUAGGGCUAUGGUGUGCUCAUCCAGCUUACAAUCUCAGACCCUCAAUAAGACAAGCAAUUCAUGUCCUUAAAUGUGAUGCUCCAUUACCAAAUUUGCCACACAAGAUGCCUAUUCCAAUAUACCAUCCUCCAACAGGAGAUUUGUAUAAUCUUGCAUCAACUUCAUUGGACAUGUACUCUCUUACUUCAAUAACUGGUCGCUGAAGGAUGGUAGGUCAUGCCUUUUUAUUUUUCUUUUUUGUAUGAGAAAUGGAGGAUAGUCAGUCAUGUUAA